AUGGCUGCUACGCAGGGCGAGACGGAAGACGGCAUGGAGGCUCUGCUCGCCGCCCUACAGAACGGCCGUAUCCACGCUGACGACCUGCUCUCCUCCGACCCCUCCAUGGGCCGCAACUCACUGUUUCUGCUGCUGGACGACGACGACGACAACAACAACGACGAGAAUGACGGCGACGGCGACGGUGACGGUGGCGGCGACGGCGACGGCGACGAUGCCGGAAUUUGUGCCGACAACAACUCGGCUGGCGGCAUGUCGCCUGGCGGCAAGUUGGCCAACAUCGAUGGCGGCGCCCACGACCCGUCGCGUGACCCCGAGCCGAGUGGGACAGGGCGCUCGGAGCAGAAGAGCGCUUCCACAGCUCCGACGUCGCCACCGCCGCCGUCGCCUCCGUCCCUUGCCUCGCAAGAUUCGCCUGGCACCUACGCGUGGGAUGUGUACGCCGCGCCGCGGGCGAGACUGACCGGAUCGCCUGCAGCGGCGGUGGCAGCGGCGGCGAUGGCGGCUGGGCCGAUGGACGACGAGGCUGCCGAGGGCGACGAUAGCAGCGCGGACGUGAGCGCGGUGCCGCAGACUAGCGAUGCCUGGGACGCCAUGUUCGGCAACUCGAUGGAGACCAUGCUGAGGCGGGCUUCGGUGGUGGCGCGGUUGGUGGGCGAGGCUGAUGGCUGCGGUGGCGGUGCCAAGUCUCGCUCGCCGCUUGAUGCCAUCAACAAUGGGCCUGCAGCGGCGGCCGAUUCGUCGGCAUCGGCAGACACCGACCCGGUGCGCGACGCUGUAGCACAGGCGCGAACGUUUCUCGAGUUCUGCGCCAUGUGCGCCAUCGACACCGCGUCGCUGGCGCCGACCGAGCUCGAGCGGCAGAAGCUCAUGUUUGAGCUGCAGGUCUCGGAAAGGCUGUACCUACGCGACCUGCGGAUCCUUUUCAAGGUCUUUGUCGACCCAUCGACACGUGCGCCGCGGUCGGUGUCGUUUUCAGCGGCGCUGGGCGAGGAUUCGGCAACGCCAGCAACGAGCUCUCCGCUCUUUGUCUCGCACGACUCGACCACCCGUGAUACGUACGCGCCGUCCCCACUGUCGAGGACAGCACGAGCAAAGACCACAAUCAGUGCGGUCGGCGGCGAGCUGGCGCUCCCGGCUAGUAGUGUAGCUGUCGCCACCGCGCGAGACGACGACGAGGCUGCCCCGCCGGUCGAACUGCCCACUCCGCUCCGGCUGGUCCUGGAAGAAGUGCCAGAGCUGGUCAAGGCGACGGCGACGCUGCUGGCGCGGCUGGAGACGCGGCGAACACAGGCACCGUUUGUGGCCUCGAUUGCCGACAUCUUUUCCGACUUUGCAGCGGUGGUCAAGCACUACGCCGGCUUUCUCAACAACCACCCGGCGGCGGUUGAUGCGUACCAGGACGCCCGGAGCGACCCGAUCUUUGCAGCGUACUUUGACCGGCUCGGGGCGUCGGCGCACGCGCUCCACACCUCGCUGCUCUCGUAUCUGGGCAAGCCUGUGCGGCGGUUGUCGUUGUAUGUGGAGACACUGGGGAAGCUGGUGGCGGCAACACCUGUCGAGAUGGCUGACGCCGUUGCGCUCCGCUCUGCGCUUCGUGCCAUGCACACCGCCAUCUACGAGCUCAACGCAUCGCGGCGGCUGGUGGAGAACCGGCUGGUGGUCCACGAGCUGUGCAAGUCGGUGGCUGGCUUUGGCGAGCUGACAUCGGGUGCCGCAGCGCGGCUGUUUGUCUCGCUCGCCGAAGUGGUCAAGUUUACGCAAGACGGCAAGCGGUCGCACGUCCGAUCGCUUGUUCUCCUCUCGGACUUGCUGCUGGUGCUCAAGGCCAAGCGCGACGGCUCGUUUGUGCUCGGGCGGUCGCUGCCGCUGGAGCAACUGGCGCUGACGCGGCCGCGGGAGACGGCGACGCGGCGGAAUCUGUUGCGGAUUCAGCACAUUGGCGGGCGGCACUUUGUGGUCUCGUUUGACACGCCAGCUGGGCUCGACCGGUUCGAGGCCAAGCUCGAGUCGCAGCGCAAGUGGGCCAAGGAGCGGCUGCUAGCGGUGCAAAAGCGUCGGCACGACCUGGCCCGCAAGUCGUCGCCCGACGGACAGCGGCUGGCGGCGCUGAUGCUCUUUGCCGACGGCCUCGACGUUGUCGGUCUUGAGACCGGACUCACCACGCUUGUCCGUGAGGCGCGGUGCUCGGUGGUCAACAUUUACACCUCGGAGGAGCACGAGGUGUUCUGCUACCUCACGGACGAUUCGAUCUUUUGGACAACGGAGAACCCGCUGCUCGGCAAGAAGAAGCGGGCGCGACCGCAGGUCCUCCAUACCCUCCUUCCGCUGGUGGAGGUCUACGUGGCAGAUCCGCCGCUCCAGCCGCCGCGGCCUGACGACGCGCCAAGCGGGUGGACCGAGCGCAUGUCGCCGCGGUCCCUGCAGACGCCGUUCCGGUCGCGCGGACUCUCGCACCUCGAGACUGCGCACUCGCCCAACUCGUUCACCCUCGUCCACACUGGCGUCACCAAGUAUCAGCUGUACUUUGACUCAUCGACCGCCAUGUAUGAGUGGCAGGUGGAGAUCCGGGCGCUCGCGCACAAGGUCCGUGACCAGGGCCCAGCAACGGCACCGCCGCCGCUCGAGCUGCCGGCCUGCUGCGGCGAGAGCGGCAUCGACGGCGGCGAGAGCGGCAGCAGCGGCGGGCGGCAUGGCGCAGGGCCGGCGGGCGGCGGAAGCGGCGUUGUGGCAGCAACCGCGCCACCGGCACUCAAGCCGCGGAAGAACACGCUGCCCAAGAGCGGCAGUUAGGCGGUGGGUGUGUUACUACUGCUGCGAGCAAGAGGCGCGCCGCCGGUUCAGUCGGCGGCGCCGCGCGGCAUGACAAACGAGUGCAGCGAGUUGACGACAAAGGACGCGAUCUCAGCGCCCGGAAGCAGGAGCUUGAGCUUUCCGGCAGUAAUCAUGGCGAUGGGGGUGGAGAUCUGCUUGAGGACGACGCGCGAGAGGGCGAGGCCAAAGACGGCCUCAAACUGGGUAAAGAUGCCAUCGACGACG